UUUUAUGGUCCCUUCUCCAUCUGAGAAGUGCUUUUCUUAAAAUGACUUUUAAAAAAUUAUGAGUUUUUAAAAUUGAUGUUCCUAAUUGGGUUUUUUGUUUUGUUCUGUUUCUAUUAACAUCUCUGAAAUAUAUCCCCCAGGAUUCCUUCUCCUUCCCUUCCCAGAGAAGCACCUUAUUUUUUAAAAAAAUUAGAUGGCCUGUGGCAAAAUCUAGCAUUUGAGACUUUGAGUGUUUGAUCUAAUGUGGAACUGAACACAAUGAGUCCUUUAGUGUCUUAAGUUUUUAAACUUAAGGCAGCUAGGUUGUAAGCAGAAGCUGGAGUCUAAACCUGGGAUCCAGAAGAUCUGAGUUAACAUCUGAGCUCAGAUCCUUUUUUUUUUUUUAAUAAACCCUUACCUUCUAUCUUAGAAUCAAUACUAAUUAUUGGUUCCAAGGCAAAAGAGCAGUAAGGGCUAGGCAAAUUAUGGUUAAGUGACCUGACCAGGGUCAUGAAGCUAGGAGAAGUGUCAAUGCAGGACCUCCCAACUUCAGGCCUGGCACUAUAUCCACUGAGCUACCCUAGCUGCCUUGGACUUAGACACUUAUUAGUUAAUGACCCCGGAACCUCUUUCAACCUCAAUUUCCUCUUCUCUAAAAUGGGGGCAAUAGUAGCACUUCCUUCCCAGGGUUUGUUGUAGGGAGCAAAUGAGAUCAUAUUUGCAAAGCACUUUGCAAACUUCAGAGUGCUAUGUAAAUGCUCGCUUACUGUUUUAACAAAUAAUUCUUACAUUUUAUUUUUUCCAAUUUAUAGACGUUUUAAACAUUCUUUAAAAAUUUUUUUUGAGUUCCAAGUAGUCAUGCAAAACAUUUACAUAUUUAGCUUAUUAUUAUUAUUGCUCUUGUUAUUUAUUCUUAGAAACACUUGGAAAGUCACACGGGUGGACUUAUUGUAGUUGUCCUUACUCUUUGAAGGGAAACUAAUGUGCACCGAUAGCAUGUUUUCAGAGGAGUUUUCAGGCUAGUAGAUAAAAUAUCACACUUCUCAUUAAGGUGGGUUGAUUCAGAAACUUGUUAGGAGACUCGGUUUCCUUAUUUCUAAGCUAGUACUUUGGGUCUUUGACUCAGCAUUUUUAUGAAUGCCAAAUGAAAUAAUAUAUGUAAAAUGCUUUGAGAAUUAAAAUAUUUUAUGAAUAACAAAAUAAUGUAUGGGGCAGUUCAGUGAUGUGGUAGGUAGAGUCAGGAAGGCUCAUCUUCCUCUGUUCAAAUCUGGCCUCAAACACUAGCAGCAUGACCCUGGGCAAGUGACUUAAUCCUCUUUGCCUCAGUUUCUUUAUCUGUAAAAUUAGCUGGGGAAAGAAAUGGCAAGCCAUUCAAAUGACUUUGCUAAGAAAACCCCAAAUGGAGCCAUGAAGAGGUGGACAUGACUGAAGCAACUGAACAACGUGAAUGAUAAUGUCUGCAGAAUGCCUUGUGAAUUCUGGAGCAAUAUAGAGGACAGCUUCUUCUUCCAUCAUGACUAAGUGGGGUAAUAAGCCGCCAAGGGUGUCUACUCUUUAGUCCUUGGGUUUUGGCUGAUGUUCUUUUAGAUUGCCCCCCCCCCCAAUUGUGAUCAAAAUAAGAAUUUUUCAAAGGGUCUUUUUUUGGAAUGUUCCUUAAAGAGCAUUCCAUUCACUGUCAUGGUGCCUCAUCUGACUGUGAACAUAGUGGCGCCCUCUCAGAGUCGGACAGAUGCAACUCACACAUCACUAUGGGCGACAUCAUUCCCCUUAUCCUCUGGCUGUCUUGCUGAAAGGAGGGAGCUCCUACAAUGGCGCUCAGCUCCUUCCUUUAGAAAAGUUGGUGACUCAGUGGGUAGAGCACCUUGCCUGGGUUCUAAUCUGUUCUCAGACACUCCCUUUGUGUGUGAGUCACUUAAACCCUUUUGCUUAGCCCUUGUCCUUCUGUCUUAGAGUCAUUACUAAAACAGUAAGGGCUUAAAAAAGAAAGAAAAAAAGGAAAAGUUGGUCAUAGAUCAAGAGCCAGUAGUAGAAGGGACCUUGAUUGGCAUCUUGUCUGACCCUCUCCAUUUACAGAUGAGGAAACAGGCCUCUUGAAUUCAGUGACUUGCUCAGUCACUCCCUUAGCAAAUGGAAAAGCCAGGAUUCCAACCCACCUCUCUCAGAUCAGAACCAGAACAUUAAUAAGAGCCCCCUCCUCUGUUGAGUUAGAUUAUAGCCCAAAAAGAAUGGAAUAUGGACAGAGAACCCCGCAGUUAAUUUUUAGGGGCCUCUUGCUACCUUUCAUACAAACCACAAAAAAUCUCUCAGUUUAUUUCAGAAGAGUUCUUUUAUGGAACAUAUAUAACUCUACGACUGUGAUCCAGACAGGAUAAGUUACAGAUCAUUUUGGAGGGAAGCUGCCUGGGAAAGGCCUCUUGUGAAGGGGGGAUUUUAGCUUGAAGGAAGCCAGGGAGAAGAGGCAGAGAUGAGGAGGGUAGGGGAUAGCCAAUGGAAAUGCCCAGAGUCUGGAGAUGGGGUGCCCAACUGCAAGGAGGCCAGUGUCACUGGAUCGUAAACUACAUAGAAGGGAGUCCUCUGUAAGAAGACUAGGAAGGUAUGAAGGGUUCAGAUUAUAAAGGGCUUUAACACCCAAACACAGAAUUUUUUUAUUACAUCAUGAGGUCACUGGAGUUCCAUGAAUAAGCUAUUGCCAUGGUCACUUUAAGAAGAUCAUUCUGGAAGGUAGGCCAGAGUGGGCAGGGCCUUAAAGGAGAGAUACCAACCAACAGGCUGUAGAAAUGAUGACAGGAUGAGGGUGGUGGCAACUGCAUGAUGGAAGGCCGGGGCAUGUUCCAGAGAUGUCGUGAAGACUCUUGGGAGGAUUUGACAGAGUUGGUGGAGCAAAUACGUGGCGAUCCAGAAGAUCCCAAUUAUCUGAUGGCUAAUGAGCGAAUGAACCUGAUGAACAUGGCCAAGCUGAGUAUAAAGGGGCUAAUCGAGUCAGCCCUGAACCUGGGGAGAACCUUGGACUCAGACUAUGCCCCUCUCCAGCAGUUCUUUGUGGUCAUGGAACACUGCCUGAAGCAUGGUUUGAAAGCCAAGAAAACUUUUCUUGGGCAAAAUAAAUCCUUCUGGGGCCCAUUGGAACUGGUGGAGAAGCUUGUUCCUGAAGCCGGAGAGAUAACAGCAAGUGUUAAAGACCUUCCAGGCCUUAAGACACCUGUGGGCAGAGGGAGAGCCUGGCUCCGCUUGGCAUUAAUGCAGAAGAAGCUCUCGGAAUAUAUGAAAGCCCUGAUCAAUAAGAAGGAGCUUCUCAGUGAAUUCUAUGAGCCCAAUGCUCUGAUGAUGGAAGAGGAAGGGGCAAUCAUCGCUGGUUUGUUAGUGGGACUGAAUGUCAUUGAUGCUAAUUUCUGCAUGAAAGGAGAAGAUUUGGACUCCCAGGUGGGAGUUAUAGAUUUUUCAAUGUAUCUCAAGGAUGGGAACAGCACUAAAGGCAAUGAAGGAGAUGGCCAGAUUACUGCUAUACUGGAUCAGAAGAACUAUGUAGAAGAACUCAACAGACAUUUGAAUGCAACAGUAAACAAUCUUCAGGCCAAAGUGGAUGCUUUAGAAAAGUCUAACACUAAAUUGACCGAGGAGCUUGCAGUUGCCAACAACAGGAUUAUCACUCUGCAAGAAGAAAUGGAACGCGUCAAAGAGGAAAGUUCCUAUAUUUUGGAAUCAAAUAGAAAAGUCACCAAGCAAGACAGAACUGCAGAUGGGCAGGCCCUGAGUGAAGCUAGAAAACAUCUAAAAGAAGAAACACAAUUGCGACUGGAUGUGGAAAAAGAACUGGAGAUGCAGAUCAGCAUGAGACAGGAGAUGGAGUUGGCCAUGAAGAUGCUGGAGAAGGAUGUGUGUGAGAAACAAGAUGCUCUUGUCUCUCUGCGGCAGCAGCUUGAUGAUCUCAGGGCCCUCAAACAUGAGCUUUCCUUUAAGCUGCAGAGUUCAGAUUUGGGAGUUAAACAAAAAAGUGAAUUGAAUAGUCGCUUGGAGGAGAAGACCAAUCAGAUGGCUGCUACCAUUAAACAGCUGGAACAGAGAUUGCGCCAGGCUGAGCGAGGCCGCCAGUCUGCUGAGGAGGACAACCGUCUUUUCAAGCAGGACUUUGGGGAGAAGAUCAACAGUUUGCAGCUGGAAGUGGAAGCACUCAUCAGGCAGCGGGGCCAGCUUGAGCUAGAGCUGAAACGGGAACGAGAAAGAAGAUUCCAAAAUAGUCAACGUGGCCCAGAGAAAACCUCACAGAAGACAGAACCUAAAAUGGAUGAGAAGCAUAAAAUCCAAGAGGAAAAUGCUAAACUAAAAAAGCCCUUGGAAGAUGGCCACAGAAUUCUCCCUACCAAACCGCAGCCUCCCUCUGCCAUUCAGCAGGAUCAACUGUCCCCAUUGGGAAAGCCAGAGAGGUGCCAGCUGUGCCAGGAGGAGGGCAGCAAGACCAAGAACGUGUGCAAGAAUUGUGGCGGCACCUUCUGCGAGGCGUGCUCGGCCAGCAAGCUGCCCCUUCCUUCGAGCAUCAACCCUGAGCACGUUUGCAACCCGUGCCACGAUCGCCUGAUGAAGCAGUACUCGGUCAGCCCCUCUUAAGGCUGGGGCCCAGCACGGACACAGAUAGCUUCCUCCGGGGCUGCUGUCCACUUGGGCUCAGUGCCCGGGUCCCACCCGAAAGGCCCACCCUUAGAACCAGCAGGGGCGUGUAGAGAAAGAGAACUAUUGGAAGUCACCGAAGCGAGGCAGCAGGGAUAUUGGCGUGCUCAAAACUGCCUUCUCUCCCGAGUGACGACCACCAAAGCAGUCUCGUUGACCUUUGUCUUAGCCAUGGAUUUGUUACACAGAAUGACUCUAGAUGGCCGCACGAGUCUAGGAACAGAGGCAGGGUGCCUGGGGCAGGAGGGCAUCGGGAAGGAAUUGUUCCUGUGGACAACCACAAGUCAUCCUCGGCCCUGCUCGUGGGCAGGCCCAAGGGAGAUCCAACGAUAAAGGUCAUUUUUUUCUACCGCCAAACGCUCCUGCCUCCUCUCAUCAUCUUUGUCAAACUGUGAACUUGACCUCAGGGAUUCUGGUUCUAUAUUUUUCUGAAUGUAUUGAACCCAAGAUGGUGGUUUCUUUCAUCUUCUUUUAGCACCAGGAAGUUCUUGCUGUUGGCCAGAAUAGCAAGAGAAACGUGGGGAAGACUUUGGAAUAGGGCCGUUAUUUUCUUCCCCAAAUCCUUGGCUCCUCUGAAGUCACCUCUGGGGAAACCUCUAAAUUCCAAUAGGCUCGUCCCACUGAAAAUGGAUUUUUGCCUCCAUGUCCUCACGGUACCUGUUGGCAUGGAAUUUAGAGGAAAUUCUUGUGGUGGUGAGGACCAGGGUGCGAAAUGUCACAUGCACUGUCUGAGAGAUGCACUGUUGGUUUUUUCUGAGCUGUGUUUGCUCCUUUUUAACUCUUAGGUGUGUUAGGAUAGCUAGAGAGGGCUCUGUUCAGACACAAAAGGAGAGGGAAAAGGUAUCCACUUAGAAACUAGGGGCUUUGACUUGAACGUAGACAACUAGUCUUGGUUAACCCAAGAUUUCAGUGGAGAGUGAAUGGCUGAAAUAACUUUUAAGCAGUUUUUAAUAGCCCCUUUCCUGGCUCUCCGUCAGUGUUUUAGAAACUCAGCCUAUGUAAAUAGCAGAAACAAGGGUUUGGUUUAAUGGUACUGAUUCUUUGAUGGGUCCCACAGAGACAUCACUGCCAGUGGCCUCCCAGAAUCCUUUGAGGAAAGGAGAAAAGGGGAAGUACGUAGAAUGUUUUCUCUAAGGAAAUAUUUAUAGGAGAACCUUAAGAUAGAUAUAUUGUGUUUUAGGUUAUCUUGUCCCAUCUAGGGUCUGAGAUAUAGAACCUUCUGCUCGGAUUUAAGAAUCUUGAGAAAGAAAAAAAAAAUCUAGUGAUACUAUUUUUUAAAAAUCCUAUUUGCUGGAAAGGAUAUGGGGUUUGAGGAAAGUAUGGUUAUCUUCUGAAGGAAUGUUGAGAAAAAAGCCCUCAGAAAAGGAAAAGCACUGUACCACUUGGUAAGGUUGGCAUUUGAGAUUCGAGAAAAUCAAAUAUGGCACAGGGUCCUGUCCCCCCUCCCCGUCAAAGGUAUUUGUGAUCUGUCAGCCCUAAAGGGGAGGUAAUGAAUUCCUUUUUUUUUCUUUUUUAAAGAAAGCCUCUUUUGUGGAAUCUGGGUGAUGUGAGUGAAGUAAUUUUAAAAAAAGAGAUGGAGUGGUUCCUAGGAUUACCACCUUUCUUUGAAAGAAUUAAGAUCAUACAGAAAGAGACACCAGCAAGUCAGCUUAGUGGAGAUCCAGAGUUAACCAAAGCCUCCGAGCUUUGCUGCCAAGUUAAGACUGUCUAUAAUAAAAAGCUUCUUUAAAAGGGGGCUCACAUCUCCAAAAUAACCUCCCAGAUGGAAAUGGUGGCCCACGCCCCUCAGUACAGCUCGAUUUUCUGUAAGAUGAUCUGUAGCUGCUUCUGCUAAUCCAAGGUAUAGAGCCCAUUAAAACAAUCUGAUUAAGUGAAUUGAUGGUUAAGGAGAGCAAAAAUUCCCAUCUUCAUAUGCAGAUUUUUUUUUGAAAGUCUCAGCCCAGAAAAGAAGAACAUUUCUUCCAAAUUAAAUAUUUCCAGUUGAUUCUGGUAGAAAAUAAAAUGCUUGAUUUCUUCAUUUUCCCUCUAAAUCCAGUAUACUGAAUUUGUGAGAAAUGUCAGAUUUGCAUUAAACUUAUAAAAGAGACCAUUUUUCUAGCAAAUUGAUCAGCUUCUUUGCCUUCAGUCUGUCAUCGACCUGCUUGAUUGAGGACCCCAAAUCCAAAGAUUUUGAAUGCUCCCAAUAAAAGCAGCAGGAGAGUAGAAGGCUUGAGAUUAGAGGAUGACGGGUUUUCAGGAAAUCUUUAAAACCAGUGGCAAGCCAUAAGCAGUGCUGAGCCGAGUGCCAUUGUAAGAAGCUUGAUAGUUAAGCAUAUUAGAAAAAGAUGAACCUGCACUUGGAAUAUUCCAGCAUGCGUAAAGGAAAAUGCUCCUUUCCUAACCUUCCGGUGGUUUUCUCUACUGGUAAAAUAGACCCGGAUUCCACAAUACAGAAAUUUAAUUUGGAGGCUCAGCCAGAUCUCAGGGCUCACUUGACAAUAAGGUUACACAUAGGUCCUCGGGAGGCUUCCAGAUGCUCCCUAAGCUUGCUUGAAUUUGGUUGUACAACAGUUCUGUCCAUCAAUAAAUUUAUUUGGUGAUCAUG